AUGGACGGUGGACACAGCCUCAGGAGGGACGUUACUGUCCGCGAGCUCAUGGAGCUCUUUCUACAGAGUCCGCUGGUGGCAGGGGUGACCCGCCACCAGGAGAGCCUGUUGGACCUGCAGUGGUUGGAGGUCCCAGUGGCCCUGGAGGAGGUGGAGUACCUCUCCAACAACAUGUCCUUUCGCCUCAGGAGGCUCUUAAUUGAGCAAGACAGAUGCAGGGAGCUGGUCGUGACCAUGACCCAGGAGUGGAACACCAGCAGCCGCCCCAGCGAGGACACGCAGCACCUGGCCAUGGAGCUGGCGGACACCAAGGCCAUGCUGCGUGGCGUCAGGCAGGAGCUGGAGGAGAAGACGAAGCAGCUGGUGGACGCCAGGCAUCAGUUGUACCAGCUGGUGCUGGAGCUGCAGGAGGCCCGGCACAAUAACAUGGAGCUGGCAGCCAGCGCCCAGGCUGCUCGUGCCCCCCUCCCUGAGCUGGACUCCCUGAGGGAGAAGGUUAACAUCAUGGAGAAGCUGGAGAUGGAGGCGAUGGGCCUCAGGCAGAAGUAGAAAGACAUAGACUUCUUUGCAGCUGUGCGGACUGGAGACGAUUAUUCAAUGGACACCAAGGGCCACCUCCAGGAGCAUUGGAUUUGGUAUUGGAUUGAUAAGCUAUUCGAGCGGGAGGAGGAGAAUGUGCAGCUGAAAUCGAAGCUGCACCACCUACAAUUGGACCGGGACACAGACCAGAAGUGCCUUGAGGAGCUGCGGGAAGAGAACAUGGCCCUCAAGACUGCACAGGGGCAGAGUGUGGAGGAGUCCGCCCACCUGCGCUGGGAGCUGGAGCAGCUGUCAGAGGGUAAAGCAGAAGCUGAGGCCCCUGGAAUAUGGGCUCUGACUCCACUUUGCUCUUCAGCCUCCAGCUGCUUCCUGAAGCUGGACCAGGAGAAGCAGAGCCUCCAGGGCACCAUCCAGGGGCUGCGGGACGCCUCCCUGGCCCUGCAGGAGAGCAGCCUCCAGCGCCAGGAGCUGGAAGAGGAGAACCAGCAGCUCAGAAAGCAGAUUGAAGACUUGCGAGUUCAGAUGGAAAGAGAAAAGCAGACCAGCCAGGUUCUGGAGACUCUCUGUGAGGAGCUGGUGGAGGAGAGAGAACAGCUGCUCCGUGACAAGAAGACCCUGAAGGCUGAGAAAGCCCAGGAGUUCAAGGAUCUGAAAAAAGUGGUGCAUUCACUGCGGGAUAGUUCACAGACCAGCAGCAAGGCCCGCAUGAAGGGCAGGAAGACUGAGCAAAAAGUCCUCCUCCAGACGGUGACAGACACCAAAAGGAAAGUGACCAUGAUGGAGUGGGAGCGGCGGCAGCUGUGCCGGGACCUGGAGCAGGUGAAGGCGCAGGCAGCGCAGGCACAGGAGCUGGAGCACAUGAAGGAGCUGCAUCGGCUGCAGGAGGAGAUCGAGAAGCUGGCCAUGGAGGUCCGCGCCCUGACGACGGCCCCUGAGAGGGUCCACGCCCUCGAGUGGGAAAGCCAGGACCUGUUGCUGGAGAACCAGAGGCUGCAGACGUCUCUAGACACCCUGAAGCCUGAGGGUCUGGAGCGGGACAAGCAGCUGGACACCAGGCAGGUGGAAAAUUCCACUCUGAGCUCCCAGAGCGCCUCGCACACUGCGCUCACAGAGCAGGACACUCAGCUCCAGCACCAGCAGCUGGUGGCAGCCCACCAGGCCCUGCAGCAGGAACACGCGAGCCUAGGCGCACUCCACGAGCACCUGACUAAGGAGCACAAGGCCCUUCUGGACAAGUACCGCCGCCAGAAGACACUGCUGCGUCAGACCCUGGAGCUGGUGAGCAAGGCUCUCAGUGACAGCUACAAGGACCAGAUCCAACAUAAGGUGGCGCUGGAUCAGCUGGGGAUGCUCUUGACCACAGAGCAGGAGGCUCUGCAGCAGGAGCAGAGGACGAGCGCCAUGGCUGCAGAGGAGAACCAGAGGCUGCAGCGAGAGCUGGACAGGGCCAAUUUCCUGCACCAGCAGCUGAAGGGGGAGCAGGAGGAGCUGAUGUCCCACACUAAAAAGCUUCAAACCUCCCUGAAGGACACCCAGCUGGAGGUUUAUCGCUGGCAGGCCCAGUAUGAGGGGCUGAAGGGGCAGCAGGAGGAGCUGAAGACCCACAGCAAGAAGCUUCAGAGCUCCCUGAAUGAUUUGCAGCUGCAGGUGAACCACUGGAAGGCCCGGUACGAGAAGCUGAAAGGGGAGCAAGAGGAGAUGUACACAGUCACCAAGAAACUGCAGACCCAGGUCAAUGAGCUGCUCACAGACAACAAGGAGCUGCUCACAGACAACAAAGCGCUGCGCACAGACAAGGAGGAGCUGCACAACAAGGAGCUGUGCACAGACUGCAAGGAGCUGCUCACAGACUACAAGGAGCUACAAAUGUCCCUGAAGGACACGCAGCGUGAAGUGAACCACUGGCAGGGCCAGUACGAGGGGCUGAAGGCUGAGCAAGAGGCGCUGUACGCCCACACCAAAGAGCUGCAGACCCACACCAAGGAGCUGCUCACAGAAAACCAGGAGCUGCAAACCACCCUGAAGGACACCCAGCAGGAGGUGAACCGCUGGCAGGGCCAGUAUGAGGAGCUGAAGGGGGAGCAGGAGGAGCUGCAGAUGCACAACAAGAAGCUGCAAACCUCCCUCAACGACACCCAGCUGGAGAUGAACUGCUGGCGGAACCAGUGCAACGGGCUGAGGGAGGAGCUCCAGAGCAGGGACAUCUCGCUGACCGAGCUGGACAACCACUGCCAGCUGCUCUCCCACCUCAAGGGCAACUUGGAGGGAGGAAACCGUCACCUGCAGAGCCAAAUCCAAAGCUUGACAGAGAAGAACCAGAGGCUUCACCAGGAGGACGUGGAGAACAACUACCAGCACCAGGAAGAGCAGCGGCAGUACGUAGACAAAUUAAACCCCUUACAGAGACAAAAUGAAAAACUGGAAGAAAAAAGCAUGGCUCAGCACAAGUUCCAUGAUCCAGCGCCAAAGAAGAAAAAGCACUGGAUUGGAGCCAAAGCCUUAGUCAAACUCAUCAAACUAAAGAAAGGGGGUUCCAGAGAACGACCAAAGUCAACCCCAGAGAGGCCUCCCUGGCCUCUGGGGUCCUCAGACCAGGCCUCACCCAGUACUUCUCAGCCUCUUCAAUCACAGCUGGAGCCCCUCCAGGCCACCCCAUGCUGCUCAAAGGGGACAGAAGAGCAAGACACCUGCAGGGGGCUCCGGGGAAAAGGCCCUGGGGACCCAAUACCAAAGGGAGUGGCCCCGCCCAGAGGCAGCCUUGACUGCACUGAUGCCUCCGCUGACCCAGCCACCAAGCCCAGGCCAUCAGAGCUGGGCUCCAGGGCCUGUUCAUCCUCAGCCAUCACUACAGCUCCUCCCAGCUCCACCUACUCCCGGCACCCAGGCCGCACCCACGCUGUGCAACUUUGGGAGGGUAACUCCGCCUUCUGGACGGCUGGGCCUGAGCCCUGGGACCCACACCACUGCUCAAGAAUUGAUGGCACCAAGCGGUUCCUGAACGGAGGUGAACCAGAGUUUGGGCUAAAAUCAGGCAACAUUGGAGGUUUAUUCUCCAGGGCGGAGACUUGA